CUCUGACACUACACAUGGACGCCUUGGCUUAUUCUGCUCAUUGACGACCAGCUCAUCCAUUCAGACAGAAGCACUGUUGCACGGGAUCCUUUUCUUUCUUUCAAUGGUGGCUUCACGAAAAACAGGCGAAAGAUGUAUGCUGCAAGAGGUGUGUGCGUUCUGUGUGCGUGACAUCCACAAGGGUGCGCGUGUAACUGUGUGUGAAUGUGCGAGAGAAACAGAAAGAGAGAGAGCGAGAGACAUAGUCCAAGUCCCGAAGACGGAGCAUGCCUCUGCGUCCGGCAGCCGGCAAACAUGAGCCACCCAGCCCUCCACGGCAGGACCAGCAGCAGCAGCAUCAGUGCGCGCACACACACCCGCGCGCACACUCCUCUUUCGCACACACCGCAAACGGCAGCCAGGGAGCCAGCACCGACAACGGCGGCAGCUCCCUGGAAGAGGACGUCGGCGGCAGUAACAGUAAGAGCGGCAGCGGCGUUCCCGUUCCCGUCUUGCUGGCGUUACCGCCCGGCGCCACAGCACCCAUGGAGGAGCCCACGGGCAACACGGUCGUGAUCCGCAUCGGAAUCCCAGACCUGCAACAGACGAAAUGCAUGAAAUUCAACGUGGACGCUCCCAUCUGGCGCUCCAAGCAGCGGAUCCUGUGCACGCUCAACCAGAGCCUGAAGGACGUGCUCAACUAUGGCCUGUUCCAGCCGGCAUACAACGGCAAGGCUGGCAAGUUUCUGGAUGAGGAGAGACAGCUGAGGGAAUACCCCUUCCCAUCCAUCGCUCCUGUACCUUAUCUGGAGUUCCGCUACAAAAGACGUGUCUACACUCAGUCCCACCUGGACGAGAAGCAGCUGUCUAAGCUCCACACAAAGGCCAAUCUGAAGAAGUUCAUGGAGUAUGUGCAGCAGAGGAGCAUUGAAAAGGUCUCCCGGUUUCUGGAAAAAGGCCUGGACCCCAAUUUCCACGAUCCCGACACAGGAGAAUGCCCUCUGACGCUGGCGGUGCAGCUGGAGGGAUGUGCGGAACUCAUCAAGGUGCUGAAGAGCGGCGGCGCUCAUCUGGACUUCAGAACAAAAGACGGCAUCACCUCCUUGCACAAGGCGGUGCGCAGCAAGAACCACACGGCGCUCAUCACGCUGUUAGACUUGGGCGCAUCUCCUGACUACAAGGACAGUCGGGGGCUAACUCCCCUCUACCACAGCUCUAUGGUGGGGGGAGACCCUUACUGCUGUGAGCUGCUGCUGCACGACCACGCGCAGGUCUGCUGCGUAGACGAGAACGGCUGGCAGGAGAUACACCAGUCAUGUCGUUAUGGCCACGUGCAGCACCUGGAACAUCUUCUGUUUUACGGAGCGGACAUGAGCGCCCAAAACGCUUCUGGGAACACGGCCCUGCAUGUGUGCGCACUCUACAACCAGGACAGCUGUGCACGUGUUCUACUGUUUCGGGGGGCCAACAAGGAGAUCAAGAACUACAAUAGCCAGACUGCCUUUCAGGUGGCCAUUAUAGCAGGGAACUUUGAUCUGGCGGAAAUCAUAAAGGUCCACAAAGCAUCAGAUGUUGUGCCUUUCCGGGAGACGCCCUCCUACACCAACCGUCGCCGGGUGACGGGCCACACGCCGUCCCCCCGUUCGCUGCUGCGCUCGGCCAGCGACAACAACCUCAACGGCAACGACAGCAUCCACGUCCACCGCCAGACGCCCCGCGGCCGCCAGCAGGGUCACUCGCCCGUGCCAUCGCUGCGCAGUCUGCCCGCUUUCGGUCAGCACCAGGGGGGCAGCCUUGGGGAGAGUCGUCAUGGCGACUUCCCCGACAGCAGCCUCCAGAGCACGGGCAGCUCCAGGUCCUCUCAUUCGCGCUCACCUUCCUUGCAUUACUCGCACGAUGACGACAGGCCGGUACCUCGACGCUCCCACAGCCACGGCUACCCCCACGGACAUCGGGGGAGACUCAGCCCCGGCUCGGUGCACCGAGACCCCAGCCCGCCUCAUCAUGUGCCGCCGGCACCGAUGGGCGCCCGCGGGCCCAAGCGAAAACUCUACAGCGCCGUCCCGGGUCGCACCUUCAUCGUCGUCAAGCCCUACACGCCGCAGGGGGAGGGGGAGAUACAACUCAAUCGAGGAGAGAGAGUCAAAGUGCUGAGCAUCGGAGAAGGAGGCUUCUGGGAAGGCAGCGUCAAAGGGAGGACGGGCUGGUUUCCUGCCGACUGCGUGGAAGAAGUUCAGAUGAGGCAGUUUGACCCUCGGCUAGAAACUAGAGAGGACCGCAACAAAAGACUGUUCAGACACUACACUGUGGGAUCCUAUGACAACUUCACCUCGUACAGUGAUUACAUCAUAGAGGAGAAGAAUGCCGUUUUACAGAAGAAAGAAAACGAGGGCUUUGGGUUUGUCCUACGUGGAGCAAAAGCCGAGACGCCCAUCGAAGAGUUCACGCCGACCCCAGCGUUCCCUGCCCUGCAGUAUCUGGAGUCUGUGGACGUGGAGGGUGUGGCCUGGAAGUCCGGCCUGAGGACGGGAGACUUUCUCAUCGAGGUGAAUGGCGUGAACGUGGUGAAGGUCGGCCACAAGCAGGUGGUGUUACUGAUCCGACAAGGAGGCAACCGACUGCUGAUGAAGGUGGUGUCCGUCACGCGGAAACCAGAGUCGGAGGAAGUUGUCCGCAAGAAAGCGCCGCCGCCUCCCAAAAGAGCCCCCAGCACCACGCUCACACUGCGCUCCAAGUCCAUGACGGCCGAGCUGGAAGAACUGGCUUCUGCUCGGAGGAGAAGAGGAGAGAGGCUUGAUGAGAUGUUGGCAUCCCAGGAGUCCAUGUUGCGUUCUCAGCCCCCGGAGGCGGAUUACAGAGCAGCCACCGUCAAACAGCGACCCACCAGCAGGAGAAUAACACCAGCAGAGAUCAGUUCACUAUUUGAGCGACAAGGGAUGACACUCCAUGGAGGGUUCCACCCAGCCAUGGAGAGAGGUCAUAUGGCACUACCUAAGGGGAUGUCCAGGACCAAGUCAUUUGGUGCCACUGAGGAGGAUCGGCUGUCUGCCCUGGAAGGUGAGCACCGCUUCCCCCGUAGUUCCUCCAUGACAGACAGCCUCCGAGACCACCCACAGCCUCAUCCCAUCCCACCUCCUCCACAAACAGCACCUCCUCCGCCUCCCUAUUACCUGGACAUGGGACCUCCCCCGGCUUUCUGCCCGCCGCCACCUCCGUCGCGGACCCAGAGUCAGAGCCACGAACCUGGGGGACGCUCCAGCUUUAAGCCCUCCUCCCUGGACCUGCCAUACGAGGCGGUUCAUCGGCAGGCCGCCCAGAUAGAGAGACAGAAGAAAGCCCGCUCCAUGAUCAUCCUACAGGACUCUUCCCAUUUACCUGUAGAACCUACAGAAAUACCCCGGCCGUCUGUCGCUACUCCACCCGAGCGCAUAAAACGGAAGGGUCGGAUCAUUGACAACCCCUAUGCCAAUGUGGGCCAAUUUAGCAUUGGACUGUACACGCCUACCAAGCCUCAGAGGAAGAAAAGCCCCCUGGUGAAGCAACUACAGGUGGAGGAUUCACAAGAAAAAGCUAAUUUGGUCUUAGCAGCUGCCCACUCCCGAGAGAGCUCACCCUCAGGACGACACCCGCUCGGCCACACGCGCACCAGCCGUGCAGACUACUACCAGCAGCAGCUGAUGGCUGAGCGGGAGCGUUUGCGGGCCCAGGGCGAGGCCAUGUUUCAGGGUAAGGGCCCCUUUGCCGCCGCCAUCGCCGGAGCUGUAAAGGACCGUGAGCGUCGCCUGGAGGAGCGGCGAAGAUCCACUGUCUUCCUUUCUGUCGGAACGAUGGAGGGGGCGUCCUCCGCCGGAACGGAGCUCCCCUCUCUGACUCAGUCUCACUCCAUCGACGAGCGUAUACUCACCAGAGAGCUUGGCCAGCUGCCACCUCCUGCCUUGGCCUUGAGCCCUUCACCUAGCGGGACCACCUUCAUCCAUCCGCUGACAGGAAAGCCUCUGGACCCCAAUUCCCCUCUGGCUCUUGCGCUGGCCGCAAGGGAGAGGGCACUGACCUCCCAGAGCCAAUCCCCAACUAGCAGCCCAGAGCCACGGACUAAACAGGAGCGGGUGGGCCAGGGCGUAAUAUUCAUUGACACUCAGACCAAAGAGUCUCCACAUGGAGAAGGGCCACCCACAUCGCCACCCUUUACAUCUCAAACCUCCAAGGGAGGGUCUAGCCUUGGAUCCACCCCAGCAUCAGUAUUAGUCCCUCAGCCCACCAAACCGCCGUGGUCACCGUCAAGUGUAUCGUUCCACCAGGAGAUGGAGGCCAGGAUUGAUGAGAGGAAGGAGGAAAAAAUGCUAGAAGAUAAGAAGAGCAUGUUAAUCAGUAUUAUGGACACGUCGCAGCAGAAAACGGCAGGGCUGAUCAUGGUCCAUGCGACCAGUAAUGGCCAGGCCAGUGGCAUGGGUCCAGAGUUAGAGAAGACAGCUGUCCCAACAUCCAAAGAGCCGAGCAAGUCACUAAGUCCAUACAUUAAGUCCCCCAGUCCCACAGUCUCUCUGCCCCAGCCUCAGAGUCAGCGUGCUACCAGUCCCGGUCUCGACAAGGGUCUGGUUCAGGGAAGCUCAGAGGAGGAUGCGGAUCCAUACACGGUGACGCUGCCCUCUGCCAUGCUGUCCUCCAGUGAUGAGGAAACACGCGAGGAGCUGCGCAAGAUCGGUUUUGUUCCACCGCCUGAUGAGUUUGCUAACGGGCUGCUUGCACAAGCUCAGCCAAAGGGUAUUUUACAGUCCCCAACCAAGCCUCCUGCCCCUUCACCCACCACCCCGCCAACACCGACGCCCCAAACACCCACAACCCCGAUUAGCCUGAGUGUAACCCCCAGCCAGCCUCCACCUCCACAGCUCCCACCUCCACCCAGCGCUCCGCCCAGUGCAGCAGCUGUCUCAGGGAAACCCUCGGACGCCCUGGAGCCCCCACCAGUGGGCGAGUCCGGCUCUGCAGCCAAUUCGGGCGUGGAGGAGGCCGACAUGCGCAGCUCCAGCGAGCGGGAGAGAGACCACCACCUUGAGACCACCAGCACUGUCUCCACAGUUUCCAGCAUGUCUACGCUGUCCUCAGAAAGCGGCGAACCGGCCGACACACACACCACACACACUUCCUAUGCCGACGGACAGACUUUUGUGCUCGACAAGCCGCCAGUGCCUCCGAAGCCCCGACUCAAGUCCCACUUAGGAGGCAGUAAAGGCCCUGUCACCUUCAGGGACCCUCUGCUGAAGCAGAGUUCUGACAGUGAGCUGCUAUCCCAGCAACAGGCUGUGGCUCUGGCUGCGGCGGUGGCCGGAGGAGCCAGGCUGCCCCCCGGCGGUUCAGCCUCCAUGACCGGACUGGCGCCCACAAAGCCGCGCUACCUCUUCCAGCGGCGGUCCAAGCUAUGGGGAGACCCGGUAGAGCCCCGCGGGCCAGGAGUAGGUCUCGGUAUUGGGAGUUUGGGGAAUCUCGGUGGGCUGGGACUAGGGCUGGGUGCCGAUGAGGGGGCGAAACCCUCUGUGAUGGGGGAGCUCAGUUCAAGACUACAACAGCUAAAUAAAGACACGCGGUCUUUGGGUGAGGAACCACUGGGAGCAUCACUCGACCCUGGGAGGAAGUCUCCUGUAGCAGGUGCCAGACUUUUUAGCAGCCUAGGUGAACUCCACACCAUUUCUCAGAGAAGCUAUGGCACCACGUACACCAUCCGCCCCGGCGGCCGUUACCCCGUCGUGCGACGCACCCCCAGCCCGGGCUCCCCCGACCGCGGCGACCCCCUCGGAUGCUACUCGGGCUACUCGCCGACCGCGCCCCCUCAGACCAUCCUCAAAUCGUCCAGCCUCAGCCUGCCGCAGGAGCCCAAGGAGGUCCGCUUUGUGAUGCGGAGCUCCAGCGCCCGCUCCCGCUCCCGCUCGCCGUCCCCGUCACCCUCGCACUCGCCCGGACUGGGCUCGCCGCUGCUGGCGCUCAGACCGUUCCACCAGAAGCCCCUGCACCUGUGGAACAAGUACGACGUGGGCGACUGGCUGGAGAGCAUCAACCUGGGCGAGCACCGCGCCGGCUUCCGGGAGCACGAGAUCGAGGGCUCCCACCUGCCGGCGUUGACCAAGGAUGACUUCGCCGAGCUGGGCGUGACGCGGGUGGGCCACCGCAUGAACAUCGAGCGGGCGCUCAAGCAGCUGGUGGAGAGCUGACCCCCGCCCUGAAACCACACCCAAGAUGGCGGCCGUGUGGAUGGAAGAGCAACACCUCCUCUUUUACUCGGGCUGCGCCGAUGUUUGGCAUCGUGCACUGAAGAGGAGGAGCUAGCACCUUUGUCCUCCGCAACCCUGAGGAGAUGACGCGUCUACGGUGGGGCGCCACCCCACCACGUUAAUUUGUAUAUCGUUCCGUCUUUCCAUUUUCAAUUGGCAAUCAAAAAUAAAAUCCCAAACUGAAAAGUGACAGAUUUUUUUUUAUUUUAUUUUUUCACAUUUUUUAAUUCUUUGUAUUUUGUAUUUAUUUAUUUAUUUGUUAUUUAUGAGAAAUUGCCUGAUGUUUCAUAUUUUUCAAUGGCAAACUCAAUUAAAAAAUAUGAACUGGAAAAACGCAAGCCUGAAUGGGACUUUAGUCCGUAAUUGCUCGGGUUUACGUGACCUGAAAGUUUGGCGGCGCACAUUAGUAAAGAUACAUUAGCUUGUUAGCUGCCCCAAUCAGUCCGAACCACAACCACGAGCCAUUAAAAAAAAAGUAGUGAAAUGAGGAAUACAUUACUUAAUUUAUGUAAAAUGAUCUGCGAAUAGAAGAGAAACACAUGAUCAACGUGUUUAUACUAUUUAUAGCUACAGAAUUAUGGUAUUUCUUGGUAAUAAAAUGUCCGGCUAAUUAAAUAUUCAAACCAAAUUCAGUCCUAUACCAUAAUUCUAUAGGUAGCAUAAAUACACUAUUUUUAAGACAGCUAGCUAUGUUUACUAAUAAGAAUUCUUGCCAAGUCAAAUUUUAUGCUCUAUUUGGAGAUAAUUGUGCUUCAGUUAAGUAAUGUAUUCCUCAUUCCCGUAAUUACUUUUUGUUUUUGUUUUACAACCACAUUUUUUGCAGUGCAUUUGAAGGAUUAUGGUUGUGUUUUAUAUUAGCUAAUAUUUACUAUUGCUUGUUACCAAACAUCUGGGUCACGUAAACCCGACUAAUUAAAUAUUCAAAUCAAAUUCUCUCCUCUUUUUUUUUUUUUUUUUUUCAAUUUUGCAUUUUGAUCUGGCCUUAAAAUGGAAUCAUGAAACUCCAGGUCCACUUUUUGUUUGUUAUUUUGUGUUAGUUUAAACAAUCACAGAGUCACUUCUUCAGUUUUAAUUUUGAAUGCCAGUUGCAAAAGGGAAAGAAGGAACGAUACGCAGAUCGCCGUUCUCCCUGACGACGACGAUGCCCUCCUCUCCUCUCUACCUCUAACCCCGCCAUCCACCAGGCCAAGCCUUUUUGCGGUUUUCGAGCAAAAGAGGAACGAGUUCUCGUUCCUGUCAAGAAAAAAAAAAAAAAAAAAAAAAGCUCAGUUGCCUUUCGACAAUAUUUCUACAGCGAUCGACGACGACGACGGCGGUGAACACAAUGGACAACCACAACGUGUCUGCUCUACAUCUGCUGUUGUUUUUAAAAGCCCCAAGAGGCGCAGCUCCACUGAACACAGGAGAAGCCUUGCUAUACCCAAACUGUGCUAUCCAUUCCUUUUGGAGAAUGUUUAACCAACACUCGUGGCUUUUUUCAUAAUCAAUGAUUUUGGGUUCCCAAAAAGGAUUAUUGUAUAUAUACAGUGGAUUGAAGAAGGCUACGCACUCCUGUUCAAAUGCCAAGUUUUUAUCAUAUCAAAAAAAAAAAAAAAAAAAAAUGCGACUUUUUCCCCACCAUGAAUGUGAUCCAAAACCUGUACAACUCAAUUGAAAAAGAAAUAUUUUCAAGAGAGAAAGCAAAACGAAAUAACUGAGAUAAUGUGCUUGCACAAGUUUGCACACCCUCUGGGCAAAUGUGUUACGGUCCGGUGAAACUAAGGUUGAACUUUAUGACCGUAAUUCUAAAAGGCAUGUUUGGCGCAAACGCAACACUCAAAGAACAGCAUACCUACAAUGGAGCGUGUUGGUGGCAGCAUCAUGCUUCGUUUGGGGCUGCAACUGGGGCUUCAGUCAAGGCGGAGGGAAUGAGCAACAGUUCCUAAUAUGAGUCAGUGUUAGCAAAUACUUCAGGCUUCUGCUACAAAGUACAAAAAUGUCCAAAUAAAGGCCUACUAGAACAACGGAACUUAAUUUCUCAUUUCUCGCUUUUCUUGUUGCCCACGUCGUCCGCUCUUUAGCAACCCGCUUCUUCCUGAACUACUAAUCUAUCUUUUUAUGGUUUAAUACAUGUGAUGAAGUACAAUAUACUGUGCGUGUAGCACGGUACAUGGAGGCUCGCUAUUCAGGGUGUCCUUAAAUACAAUUCCUCGAUGUGCGUGGCUGAGUUGCCAACUCGUUGUUUUUCUUUUUCUUAAGAUAUUGCGGACCAAUCAGAUUUGACCGCAUCGCGCAGUGUGUGGCAGGUUUAAUCUUUUUUUACAUCAUAAAAACCUGGCAUUUGAACAUGUCUGUGUGUAGAUUUUUUCAUGUCCAUGAUAUAUAUAUAUAUAUAUAUAUAUAUAUAUAUAUUUAGGUAUUAUAAUACGAAUAUAUGUGUAUCUAAUUAUAGCUUUCUAAAGACAAUUGUGGAAAGAGGAAAAUGAAUCUGCACCUGUUUUUUUUAAUUAUAGAACGCAAAGAGAAAGCUAUUCCACCAAUAGUUUACUCAUUUUUACCAAUUUUAUAUAUAUAUAUAUAUAUACAUAUAUAUAUAUGAAAGGGGGAAAAUACUAUAUAAAUAUGGACGUGAUGUUUGUGUCAUUUCCUUAUGUUCACAUUUUGCUCAAAUUGUAGCAUGACAAGUUGCAUCAUCUCUUGUUUUAUUAAUUAUGUUUUCUUAUGGUCUUCCUUCAUACUCAAGGGCAUCCCAAAAUGUGAGAAUGUUUCUUCUACGUCUCAGGGAUGGAAGUUCGGAGCACUCGGUUGACGAAUUAGCGCUCGGCCACACAAUAGGAUCGUUAUUACAACUCGUGCUACUUGUCAACUUACGCGCCAUCACAAUUUAUUGAAAACGAAACAACGGGAUUGAAGAGUUUUCGUUGAAGAGGGUUGACAAAAAUACAUUGUUUAGCAGUGAGGCAUGGUGGCCAUUUUAAGCAGAGUGCCUCCGUUUGAAGAGGCUCAAUUGCGUCUACCCUGUUGGAUUAUAAUGACAGUGAAUUAUAGCUCAUCUGAACGUCAGACUGGCAUAUUGUUAGCAUCUUUCAAUGACCAAGUAUGAACUGUAAAAUUCUUACAGUGAUCCAACAUUAUUUUUCUCGGUCUCAGCCUAAUACUGGCCCAGUAAGCGCAAGCGUUUUUACACCAUUUCGGGCCUUACUUGUCUCGGUCUAAUAUUGGACCAGUGCAUGCUAGCAUUUCAUGUUUCAUUACAAGUUCAUACAUUAUUUUUCUCCAAGUAAGAACUCCAUUGAUUAACAGUCAAAUUGAGUACAUUUCUUGACACUUUCUUGUUUUACACAAUUUAGAUAGUUAUCCAUGCAUCCUAGUGCUUUGCAGCGGUAUCCGACUGAUAUUGACUAUCUGAGCCAAACAGGUCAGACUGGAACAUGUUAGCGUUCCCCCCAAUUUAUAGUUCAACCAACUGGUGAUGUUUUACAGCGCCGUGUAAGAACCCUAACUUUAUUUAGUUUUACGAGCUCCAGUGAAACUUCCAUCCCCGAGAUCAGCGAUACCGCACAUUUUUCCAAUCCAAACUCAACGAGCCAAAUGCAAAGAGGGCUGCGGGCACGGGAACGUCCCUGCGAGGUCUUCACCAACAACCUGGCGGUCUUCGAGCAUCUCAACUCGCUGCUACCCGCUUAGUAAGCAGGACACCGUGGUAAACUGUGAAGAGCGACGAGAGCCAGGUUGUAGCCAGGUUGGACGAGGUUAUGAUCGCGCCGAGGAACAGGGAAGCCCGUGUUUUGAGCGCCCACUCAAAAAGCAUCUGACGCCGUUUUGAUUUUUU